GGAGGAUGUAUGAUUGUCUAAUAUCUACUAAGGGGUUGGUGUCACCUAAGAGAUUACUUUGGCUUUAAUCUGGGUUCUUGAUGGAUUGAGUUUCACAUCUUCGCAAAUGAAUGUCAAUGUGGCUAUCAAGAACAUUCCUUUCCUCCUCCUCCUCAUCUAUUUCCUUUCCCCUUCUUAUAAUGAGAAGAAUGCAUGAUGUUGAUUCAUUUUGUUUUGACUAAGAUUACAGCAACUAGUGUACCAUUCAAAUGGAUAAUGACAUUGAGCAUGAAAGAAGUGUAUCUGUUGAUGAUUUCAACAGUGUUACACUGGAACCAGGAUCAAUCAAAGUUGACAUUUCUGAUGGGUUUUCAUCUCAUAAAGAGGUGAAUGGAGAAUUAGAAAGGGUUGGGGAGCUUAUAAUAAGAGUGGAAUUAGAUUUGGCAUGUUCUUCAGAGAAGUUAGUCAACUUAAGUAUACUUACAAUGCAUAUGGCAACCAGGGAAAGUGACUUUGAAUCCUCUGCUUCAGAAAAUGAUUCUGUGCUUAAUGAUUCUGUUGAGAAGGCACUGGAGUUUGAUCUCUUAAAUGGGAUUUUAGAUUCAGAGGUGAAAGAACUAGAUAAGUUCAUUUGUAGUCUUCAAACAGCUAUUGCCAAUGCUCAUGAGAUGAUAUCUUCAUUUAGACACUUAGGAGAAACUUUCGUGGAAAUGGAGAAAAAGUUGCAUGAUUCUGAAGAAUCCUUGAAGCAAUCACAAGAUCAAGCCUCCGAAAUUAAGGUGCAAUGUGCAAAGUUCCAGAGGACCUUGUCAUGUCUUGAUGGUAACAGGAAUUGGAGUGACCACAAAUGUGUGGAUUUGGCAGAAGGUGUUAGUGCAAAGAUAAGAAUGCAAACUGCUGAAGAGCAGCGACAUAUUUUGAGGAUGCUAGAGAAAUCUUUGGCCAGAGAAAUGGAUCUAGAAAAGAAGUUGGCAGAAUUAAGGCCAAUAGAGCAGGAGUUGAAAAUCAGACUGCUCUCAUCAGAACAAGAAGUUUUCUGCAUGGAAGAAGAGUUGACUGAUAUUUAUGAAAGGUGCUUUGAGGCAGAGAAUUCUGUGGAGGUGCUUAAAGGCAUUUCAAAGGAUCUACUGGCUCGACAGCAAAUGCUGCACUUCUAUCUGAAUAAUUCAAUCUACCAAGAAACUGAGCUACGAUCAAAGCUUGAUGGUUUCACGGAAAAGUUAGAAGCUGAAGAGCAUGUAUUGCGCAAGCUUGAAAGCAGCAAUGCACGAGUCAACGACUUCUUUAAGGCUCAGAAUGACAGCUUAAAAGCAAGGUUGACUGAAGCUGAAAAUAAGUUAAUUCUUGCUGAUUCUGAGAUCUUCACUUUGAGAGAGAUUGUAAGUUCAAUGGAGAAUCAACAGAAAGAAUCUGAGUCUAAGCUGCUACAUGAACAAGCCCAUGAUGAAAGUGAAGAGCAGAAUAAUACCUUCUGUUUUGAAAUCAGUGAACUUGAGAAUGUUAUUGAGGAUUUGAAGGAAGAGUUAUAUAAAGCAGAAAACAGAGUAGAGAGUGCAGAAGCCAAGUGUAAAUUAUUAGAUGAGACUAACAUGGAACUUAAUGAAGAGCUGGGUCUUAUUAAAGACAGUGGUGUUACUGCAGAAAAGCUGGAAGCACUGGAGAAGCAGUUAAAGGAAUCUGAUAUCCAGUUACAGCAUGCAAUAGCUUCUGCUGAAGCAAGUGAGGAGAAACAAAAGAUGCUGUAUUCGACCAUUGGAGAUAUGGAGGCUUUAAUAGAGGAUCUUAAGUUGAAAGUUUCAAAAGCUGAAAGUCAAGCAGAAAAUGCAGAAGGGAAGUGUAUCAUAUUAUGUGAAUCUAAUGCAGAGCUAAGUGAAGAAUUGAGCUUUUUGAGGGGUAGACUAGAUUGUUUGGAGGCAUCUUUAAAUAAAGCUGAGGAAAUGAAAAUGGCAACCGUGAAAGACAUUGAUAUUCAUACCAAAAUAAUUACAAAUCUACUCACACAACUGGCAGUAGAAAGAGAGCGCCUUCACCAGCAGAUGUCUGCACUAGCAGUGGAGAAUAAAAUUUUGAUUGUGAAGCUGAAGAAAUCGGACAAGUAUCCAUCCAUGGUUUUGAACAAUGAAAAUACAGGAAAUUGCAAAGAAUGUUUAUUUUCAAAGCAAGACUUGGCAAAUGCUCCUUGUGCAAGGGAAAGUAAAGAAGUAACUGAGGCAUCAGCUGCUGGUUCUGAGGUGGAGAAGACUUGGACAACUGAAUCUGUUGGUGAGACUGAAAUGAAACCAGCAGAUGCCACAUCAGAGGUCGAGAUAGUGAGAAGAAUAGACGCAAGAUUGCUCAACCUUAAGCAUAUUUUCAUGGCAUUGACUGUCUUGAUGAUUUCAGUCAUGGCUUACUUUUUCGAUCAAAAGGGCUACUCCUUUAAAUGAUGAAAUGUCAAUUCCCUUUUCCUGUCAUUCUACUUGAGUUUUUUAGGCACUCGGGUUUCCAUAACAAUGUCUUCAAAUUCACGAAGGAGAAUUACAGAUAAACUGAUAUGUGGAUAUGCAGACUUCAUAGCUGCAGUUUUCAUUGCUAACAUUCCUUAGCAACUUUUUGCAGAAUAGGUGAUCUACUGAGAUUUUUAAAUGAAUGAUUGGUCACAGAAGGAAACAACCACCUAGGGCUGAAUCGCAAGCAGAGUUUUUGUUAUUCUAUUUUCUGUUCACUUAACUUCAUGGAUUUUGAUUAGGGCAUGUUUGGCGGAGCUUAUAAGCAAAAUUUGCUUGUAAGUACUGAUAUGUUUUGUUUAGUUGAAAAGGUUGUAGUGGUUAUAUCUGAAUGCUUUCAACAAUGACUUUGAAUGUUCUUCAUUGUCUGAGCCAAAUCAUCCUAAAGCUGAUUUUCCAUAAUUGGUUUAUAAUGAUAUUUAGCUUUUUUUAAUCCUUUCCUUUGGAAAGUAAAUGUAUUCGUCCAAA